CGUGGGUCCGGACGGGAAGGAGGUGUGGUUACUGCCGCACUGGCUGCUGGGCUGGCCGGCGAGGAAAGAUCCGCGUUUAAAGGUUUUCGUCCGGCUCCGUUUUCGCGAUACUCCCUCCCCCCCCACAUCUCUUUUCGAGGCUGCGGAGUUUCCACGUGCGUCGGUGGCCGUGGCUCUUGGGGCUAUCGCGGAGGGGGAAGCGGCUUGGGAGGAUUGCCCCACAGGGCGGUCGACGGCGGCUCUCGCGGUGGGAAUCGAUCAUUGACCACCAUACAGUCAUAUAAGGUCCACGAAGCGAAAAUGGCUGAAAACGGAGAUAGUGAAAAUAUGUCCGAUUUGGAAAAGAAGGUUUGUCAACAAAUUGAGUACUACUUUGGUGACCACAAUUUACCCCGGGACAAGUUUCUUCAAGAGAAGAUCAAAUCAGAUGAUGGCUGGGUGACUUUAGAAACAAUAAUCAAAUUCAAUAGGCUAAAUCGCCUUACCAAAGACUUUGAUGUAAUAGUUGGGGCAUUAAAGAAAUCGAAGACCGAACUUAUGGAAGUUAGUGAAGAUAAGACUAAAAUCCGAAGAUCUCCAGACAAACCGUUGCCUGAAGUUACUGAACAAUAUAAGAAUGCAAUUAAAAGUAGAUCUAUAUAUAUUAAAGGUUUUCCAUUAGAUGCAACUUUAGAUGAUAUCAAAGAAUGGCUGGAUAGUAAAGGCAAAGUAGAAAACAUUCAGAUGAGGAGAACACUUCAGAAAACAUUUAAGGGAUCCAUCUUUGCAGUAUUUGACACUGUUGAAUCUGCCAAGGAGUUCGUUGGGACACCAAACCAAAGAUAUAAGGACACAGAGCUGAUUGUGCUCUUCAAGGAAGAUUACUUUGCCAAAAAGAAUGAUGAGAAGAAAAGGAAUAAACUGGAAGCAAAAGCAAAGGCUAAACAGAAGAAAGAAGAGAAACAGAAGCAUGCUGAAGAAAGUGAAAUGAAAUAUCUGGAAGAGAAACAGGGAUGCCUGCUGAAGUUUUUUGGUGACUUGGAAGAUCAUACUUGUCGAGAAGACCUCCAUGCUGUUUUUUCAAAUCAUGGUGAAAUCAAGUGGAUAGACUUUGUCAGGGGUGCAAAAGAGGGUAUCAUCUUGUUCAAGAGCAGUGCCAAAGGUGCACUGGAUAAAGCCCAAGAAGCAAAUAAUGGGAAAUUACAGUUGCGAGAGAAAGAUGUCACAUGGGAAGUGCUUGAAGGAGAUCUGGCCAAAGAAGCACUGAGGAAAAUCAUGGAGAGCCAGCAGGAGCUGUUAAACAGAAAAAGAGGAAAAGGUCGCAAAGGCAAAGGUAAAGGUGGCAAGGGAGCACAAGACACACAAGACAAAAAAGUGAAAUUCCAAGGCAAGAAAACAAAAUUUGAAAGUGAAGAUGAAGAGGAGGCUGAAGAUGCAAUUAUCACAGAGUCAGCAAGUCCCAAGAAAAGACCGCUUGAAGAAGACGUGCAAGAAGAGCCAGCUGCCAAACAGCUAAAAACAGAAAAUGGUGCUGGAAUUCAGUUGUAAUACUUCAAAAACCAUUUAAUGCUAUUUUUAUUAUUUUAAUACAGUUUUAAGUCAUUCCACCAUCCAUCUCUUUUCCCCCACAAGGGAAUCUGAUAAAAUCUACUUUGAUGUCUACCUGUAAGACAAAGAAGAAAAUUACAUUUUGAGAAUUCUCUCUUGGAAUAGUGGCUGAUUUAACACGCGGUGUUUUAAAAAUACCUGAUGAGUGAGCCUGUAAUUAGGCUGCAAGAAAAGGCUGAAGAAUCAGAACUAUAUCCUAAUAUGUUAUGUACAAAACUUUUCUUGAGUAGCAUAUAACAAAUAAGUAUCAGUAUCUUGUGUAUUCAAAUUUUGUGAAUCUUUGUGUUCAGUUCCAGAUGUUUCAAAUUGUAUUGCUACCUUUAUUGGAAGAAAAAAAAUCUAUAAAUAAAAUAAAGCAACUAUGUAGAGUUACCAUGAGCACCUAGCUCCAAUUUUGUACUUGUCUUGUGUUGCAAUAGAAUUUUCUCAAAAUAGAAUACUUUUCUUUGUAUGACAAUGACAGAAAGUGUGUACCCCAAUAAACAGAUGUUGCUUUAGGUUUUAGUGCAAAAGUGUCCAAAUGUAGCUUCUGCUCUUCAUAUAGAAAAAUCCAAUAUAGAUUACAUUAUAUGAUGAAGGAACAAGGGAAUUGAUCUAGUAAAGCCAACCAUAAAGUGCACCCUGCCCAUAACAACUUUUAUUUCAGAGACUCUAAAAAUAGUAUUGUAAUGUAUUAUGAACAAAAGAUGUCCAUCGAGUCUAUGCUUCUCUACAUGCGGAAAAUCCCAUUUAGUUUUAAUUUCUAACGUGCACCCUUCAUAAGUAAAUGUGCUAAUUUGAGAGCUUAUUAUAGUUGUGAUCCAUUUUCUUGGAUUUGUGGGCUGAACUUGUCUUAACCAAAUAGCUAGAUCCAUAUUAUUCCUGUUCUUCUUCCCAACUAUUCUACUUGUGAUAGACAAAA